AUGCCCAAGAAAAAUUCGGACACACCUAGUUCCAAGCUCACAGCUUGGAAGGGCGGAGGUCGUCUGGCCCGUAGAGCAAGGUCCUUCAAGCAAGAACUUGUUGGAAGGAUCAACCAGCUACGUCCGGGCAAUCUCCGGCCAGGCUAUGGAGGCAAGAACGGAAUCAAUUCGAAAGAACUCCUCAGCACCUCGCUCGACGAACAUCCGAUCGACGCGUCUCAAAGGGAAGCGCAGUCGAUUUCGCGGAACCUGCGUGACGUCCAGAAUGCUUGCGGCUACUUCAAGGACUGUGUCUCCAAAAACAUCCUUGACAUGGUGUCCGGAAGUGCUUCGGUUGUACUCGAGACAGUUAUACACCUGCUCACCUUACUCAAGAAGAACUUCACCAACGACGAUAGUACGGUGCUACAGUCACGCACGAAUAAAGUUCAUGCGUGUCUAUCGGAACUCCUGGAGUGGUCCGAUAAUGUGAUGUUGCGUCGCGAGGACGCUUGCGUGGAGGGAGCUCAGAGAAUACUUUCGUCUCUACAGGAAGCGCUGCAGGCUCUAGUCGAUUACUACGAUAAAGAUAACCUCACCCGAAAGAGACCCAACACAGCUAACGGAUUGAGUCAUAGCAAGAGCGAAUGUGCCAACAUUUCCGUGAAUUCCCUACCGGACAUUCCAUUGACUCCACGCGAACGAGAACUCCUCUCCGCUACUCCUGGCCAUGGCAUGUCGUCGUCGACCGACGAUAUCCUGACGCCACCUCCGAAGCCCCCCUUGCCAUUUUCCUCACUGGACUCAAUCGACGCGCCUCCGCUACCGCCAAAGAAACGAUCAACCACGAAAGCUUUCCUGGAAGCUCCGUCGUUCUCAUCCUCUCUGGGAGACUGGUUGUCUCCGUUGUCGUCACCGUUAUCACAGUCGAGGGCAUCGAGCGUAGAUUGCAUCGAUCAUUCGGAAGACGAUAUUUGGAAUAAUAGUUUACCUGGAAGUUUCGCUGAAGCUUCGAACCCGAGUCUGAGCUUUUCGUUCAGCUCCGUCCAAACUACGAUGGUCAAGAAGACCUCCACCACAACGAAGAUGUGUCGCAGCGACUCGAUAGAGCAUCUCAUAUCCCAUGAGCUGAACGAAAGCGGAGCCUCGUACUCCACUGUGACCACGGUGCAAAACGGUCAGACGCACACCAAGAAAUCCGUCUCUGCUUACAGAAGGGAAGACCAAUUAGAAGACGUUCCCCCGGCCCUACCGGCCAAGCAGCGCCGUCCGCCGGGCGAACGGUUGCCCAGAGUUCCAUCCCAAUACGAUAAUGUGCUUCCAAUGCUCCCCGCGGAAAUAGCUGACGAAAUCGUCAGCAAGCUCCAGGAUAUCGAGUUUCGGGAUGAAGUCCCGCCACCCCUCCCGCCAAAACGGAGAACAAUCGAGGCCUACAUGCAAACAUUUGGUCCGAUCCCGUUGCCCUCGGAAGGCUCUUCGCUGGUCGUUCCUGCGGGUAAACACGUAAUUUCGCGGGUUGCUCAGCUCACAAUGUCGUGGGACGACCCGCCGUCGUCAGAAUUCUAUGGAGAUCAGCCUCCAGCUUUGCCCCCGAAGAGAAGAGAACGCGAAAGGCCGACUGGAACAUCGACUCCGGUACCACAGCUCCAGCAGAGUCUUACCAUAGAGGAAAUUGCGAGCAUUCCAAAUACCAUCCAGACGCCCCUCAACAGUCCUGUAAGUUCGCUCGCUAACCCGUCCGUCCGUCCGCCCGCCCGCCCGGCUGUGUUGGACUCAACUGAAGCGGUGGAAUCGAUUCGCGAGGAAGACAGCGGCGUUGUUGACAGCCUACCGGCAUCCAAGGAGAACACUCCGCCUUCCAGUAUAGCCACUUUGCAGGAAUCGAUGUCGACCGCUGCCGUCGACAUAGUCGAAUGCAUCGAAGUGGAACCGUUUCUCGUGUUUUCUGACGGCAAAGACGACGUCUUGCGCGGACUCAAAGGCGGUCCCCCGGACGCCCUUCUCGUGUACGCGACCAAGACAACUGACGACAAAGGUCGAGAUUUCGUUGUUCAAGAAACCUUCCUCACGACGUAUCGAUCGUUCAUUCCUGCCCAGACUUUGGUCGAGAAGCUCAUUGCGAGGUAUAACUGCCUGAUCCAGUUCAGCACGGACGCGGUGCGUUUGAAGUAUGCCCGCAACUCGUUCAGUCUCUUGGUUCGAGUUGUGGACGAUCUCUGCCUUUCGGACGCCACCGACGAACUGUUACUCAUUCUCACGCGGUUCACCCACCGGUUGUUACAAAGAGGAGACCUUAGUCUGGCAAGAGCUUUACGGCAGAAGGUCGUGGAGAAGCAUAUGUCUCGUCAACGUGCUCAGGAAUGCGUGCUGUACGCGAACCUCAGAAGCGUGUCCCUGUCCCGCGGGAAUACGCUGUUGUCGUUCAAGUCAGAAGCGUUGGCGCAGCAAAUGACCUUACUUGAUAACGAACUGUUUCAAAAAAUUGACAUACCCGAGGUCCUGAUCUGGGCCAAAGAGCAGAAGGAAGAGUUCAGCCCCAACCUCACUCGCUUCACCGAGAGAUUCAACAAUAUGAGCUAUUGGGCCAGAAGCUGCGUACUUCAACAGCCCGAUCAAAGGGAACGGGAACGUUGCGUGAUCAAGUUCCUGAAAAUGAUGAAGGCCCUCCGUCGGCUGAACAAUUUCAACUCCUACUUGGCUCUGCUGUCUGCGUUGGAUUCGGCCCCGUUACGAAGACUAGACUGGCAGAGGGCCAUAGUCGAGGGGCUGAGGGAGUUCUCCGUUCUUAUUGAUAGCAGCUCUUCAUUCAGAGCCUAUCGACAGGCCGUGGCUGAGACUCAGCCACCCUGCAUACCCUACAUUGGUCUGAUCCUACAGGAUUUGACUUUCGUGCACGUAGGCAACACUGACUACAUCGAACACAACGGCGCCCAAAUAAUCAAUUUCUUCAAGUGCUGGCAACAGUAUAACAUCCUUGAACCGAUGCGAAAGUUCAAGAAAAAGCCCUACGUUAUACGUCGCAAUGAUGAAAUCAUAGAUUUCUUCAACAAUUUCGAAGACUACCUGUCCGAGGAAGCCAUGUGGCAGAUCUCGGAGACAAUCAAACCACGAGGGAAGAAGUAA